AUGGCGACAAUUACUGAAGGACCUGGCAGUGAACUCUCGCCCAACUUUGCUCCCUUCUUUGGCAUGGCCGGAAUCGCCUCUGCUAUGAUCUUCGGCUGUAUAGGAGCCGCCUAUGGCACCGCGAAAUCAGGCAUCGGAAUUGCUGGUGUGGGAACCUACCGCCCCGACUUGAUCAUGAAGUCCCUCAUUCCCGUCGUCAUGUCCGGUAUCAUCGCCGUCUACGCCCUGGUCAUUGCCGUGCUCAUCGCAGGAGACAUGGGACCCCCGCCUCAGCAGAACUACAGUUUGUUUACGGGAUUCAUGCACCUGGCAUCUGGAUUGAGUGUUGGCCUGGCUGGUCUGGCGGCGGGCUAUGCCAUUGGCAUUGUGGGAGAUAUGGGCGUGAGAUGUUACAUGCAGCAAAGCAGGAUAUUUGUGGGCAUGGUGCUCAUUCUGAUCUUUGGUGAAGUCCUGGGACUCUACGGCUUGAUUGUGGGGUUGAUUUUGCAUUCAAAGAGUUGA